CAAGAGAGCCAUCUUUUCCGUAUGUGAUGAAUUGGAAUUAUACCACACCAAGUACAAACAAGACAUAACAUGGGUACAAAGUAAGAAUCGGAGAUGGAUGUUGUGCAAAGAAAAGUGAACAAAUUUGGAAGAAAAGUUGCUUCUUUUCCUCAUGUUGAAACUAUUGGAAGAGCUCUCUUUGCCUCCUCCUUCUUCCUCUCUGCUUGGCAAGAUUAUAUGGAGCUCAUAGCCAACUGGAAAGGAACAGAAGAUUAUUGGAGCCCAAAGUUUGGCUAUUCAGGGGACCAGAUUAAGCAUCUUAUGACAGUUAGUAUCAUAGUGAGAACUCUUGGAGGACUUAUCUUCAUCUAUGGCAGCUUCUCUGGAGCCUUUCUCUUGCUUAUGUACCAAGGUAUUGCUACAAUGAUUCAUCAUGAUUUCUACAAUCAUCGUAUCGACACUGAAGAAUUUGGACUGCUCUAUCUCAAACUCAAAAGGAUUCUGAACGAAACAGUAUCGUACAAUACUGCAUACAAUUUCUACAAAUCAGACUUUGACGAGCAGCAAAUAGAGCAAGUCAAAUCAAAAUUCCGUGAGCUUGCGGAUCAUGCAAUGACAAACCCUGCAUUGUUCGGACAUAAUGAGUUUCUUCGUCGGCUCUUAAGCUUCGUCAAGGGAUUGGCCGUAGUAGGAGCAUUGCUCUUUUUCUUGGAUAUGAAGCAUCGUCUCAACAAAGCCAAGAACCAAUCCAAAGUUAAAACUGAUUGAAAAAUAAAAAGCCAUUACAAAUGCUUUAUCUUUAUGUGAUAUUGAACUAGAAUCAUCUUUUGACAAAAUGAACAAUUACGUUACCUUUAUUACUUCGUUCUUGAAUAAAAGAGCUAUAAAUAA